UUCAUCGCAAAAAAUUACUAAUCGAUAAUAAUUAUAGUUUGUUGUACAUAAAAUUUUGUUAUCGAAAUUGCCGAUUUUGCUAAUUCAAAGAAAGGGUUCCUGAUAUGAGACAUAAAGGUUCUCUUAUAUGAGAUGAGUUUUAUCGAGUUUUAUACUUGGAUCUUACUAGGUUUAAAUUAAGCUUCAGACUCAAAAUAUAGUUGUCCAAUCAAAUAGCUCUAUCAAUAUCAAAAACUUUUGUACGUAGCACUUUUUCCAAAAUCUAUUCUCUUCGAGGGAUUUUAAAGACUUAGUUAUAAUACUAAGUAAACCAUAAUUUUCAAACAGGUUACAAUUUUUAAUUAGUUAUGAGUUAUAGUAUUUUAUUUUAAUAUCAUGUUAAUUUAUGUCGAUAACUUUUUGGUCAUUCAUACACACAAAGUGUAUAAGGAAAAUCAACCUGGUAUAAAAAUAAAAUCGUAUCCAAAUAAAGGACGGGUGUGGUAUGCAAAGGAUAUUAUCAUAUCCUUUGCGUGUCACCCCCAGCCGAUAAUUUUUAAGUGGUCUCGUUAAUGAGCAUUAGAGAAUCGUGGAUCAAUCAAUUUUUGUCGUUGACGUACAAAAACGGAAAAAUAGCCAAUGCAAGACCGCGAUUUGGAUCAUAUUGCACUCAUAUCAGCGAUCUAAAUGGAAAGUUCGACAACGCAAGUGAAAUUUUGGCGUGCAUUUGUGAAAAUAAAUACGUAGGUCGAUUAGGUAUCCUUCAAAUGACAGCCCUGCAGAUGGCUGCGUGGCAAGAGAACAUAGAUCUGUUGAAUCAACUCCACGAGAGAGGCGCCGAUAUAAACAACAAAGAUAAAAUUGGUAGGUGUGUACUUUAUUAUGCGACGUACAGCGGUAAUAUUGAUGUGACAAAAUGGCUUCUUGAACAUGGAGGAGAUGUCGACAUCAAAAUCGGUAUCUACUCGUCUGAGACCAACAUCCCUAAUGAUGUAGACACCGCGAACAUACAAUAUAGCCCGUUAAAAAGACCGGUUCGUAUUUCGAUCAUAAUCGUAAAUUUCUACCAAGUCUGCGUAAAAAAAUAGAAAUUACACUUCUUUUUAAAAUACUUUGUUACAGGUGCCAAUACCCGACUGCAAGGAAAGAACACCUUUGCAUUAUGCGGUGAAAAAUAAUUAUGCAGACGUUGAGCGCGUUUUGGUGAAAAGCGGAGCGGAUGUGUUGAAGACGAGCUCCGGAUUACUCCGUUACUCUUAACAGAAAGCGCAGUGAAUCGCGACAGUCUCAAUGACAUGACUAAGUCCGUUGAGAUCGUUAGGAUUCUAGUCGCCGCGAAGGCGUCUGUAAUAAUGCAAAAUUCGUAUCGCAUACGAACGUGCUGAUGCAAUGCGUGCAUCAUAAAGAAUGGACGACGGUCGAACAGUACGGUACAAUAAGAUGCAAGAAAGAGAGUAAUAAAAAGCGAAAAAGAGAAACUCUGGGACAUUAGGAAAGGCCUCGAGUAUUUCCUGUUGACGCACGACAUUUUUUGACGACGAAACAUCAUUCGGACAAUGCGGCGUCAAUAUUAAAAGUAUAAACACAUUAAAUUGUAAGCGACCAUCAUUCACAUAUAUAAUAUCGACAU